CUCUCACUGAGACCAAUGACUCGGAGUCGCUGCCGACCUGUCCUCUGACUUCAAACUUGUAAUCGCAAAUAACCAUAUAUCUCUGUCAAGACUUGUAGCCAUACGCCCGGAUCCACUGGCUGUAUCUAUACGCUUGUAGAAAAUCCAUCGUGCUCUCGCGAACCAUACUGCCUUGUCAAGUACUGAAAUUGAAACCUUUCUUGAUCGACAUCAUGUCCCAUCCUUCUCAAUAUCAUGCGUUCUCUCUACCCAAAGAACUGGUGGACACGCUGGUUCCCCGCAGCGUCGUCAAUCAAGCACCACCCCCUUCUCGUGAUGCGACCUCGGCGCCGGUCGCGCCUCCUGCUACGGGAGCUCGGACAUGUAACGUCUGCUUGGGUAUAACAUUCUUGGACGUCGACGAGCAGCGUACCCACUUCCGGUCGGACUGGCACAGAUACAAUGUCAAAUCGAGGUUGAACGGGGGGAAGCCCGUCUCGGAGAGCCAGUUCGCCCAAUUGGUGGACGGAUUGGAGGAUUCGCUUUCUGGGUCCGCAUCGUCUUCUGAAAGCGACUCCGAGGAUGACUCGGAUGCUGUCGCGACCCUCAUACAGAAGACACGCAAGCUAGCGCGUUCACCCUCACCGACAGAGUCGACACCCGCUGGCCCGGGUACUCCACUAGCAUGGUUUCAUUCGCCUCCGUCCACUCAGAUAGGCGUAUACAAGGUCCUCUUCCCACUUUCGACACCGGCUACGUCGUACCUGGACGAGCUGAAGGAGAUGCAGAAAGGCGGCGAGGAAGGGCGUACUUGGGCGUUGUUCAUGGUAGCCGGCGGGCACUUUGCUGGUGCUGUUGUUCGCGUGAAGGGGCCCGAUUCAGAGGCUGACGGGCCAGGGGGGUUGACGAAGAAAGGCAAACAGAAGAAGCCCAAACCAGAGAUCGAGGUGCUCCAUCACAAGACAUUCCAUCGCUAUACAACGCGCCGGAAGCAGGGUGGAUCUCAGUCUGUCAACGAUAAUGCGAAGAGCAAAGCCGUCAGUGCCGGAGCCAUGCUGCGUCGAUACGGUGAGCAAGCGUUGCGUGAUGAUAUCCGCAACUUGCUGCAAGACUGGUCCGAGGAGCUUGAAAACUGUGAACGCAUCUUCAUACGCGCAAGCGUCUCGAAUAGGCGAAUUUUUCUUGACUAUGAAGGCGCAAUCCUUAACAAAGGCGAUGAACGGCUGCGCACAUUCCCGUUUCCGACCCGUCGUCCCACCCAAUCUGAGCUUACUCGAUGUCUAAUGGAACUCACGCGGGCCAAGGUGUCCCAUUUGACUGAAGAGGACCUUCAAGCUCAGGACGAAGCCUAUCUCGCAUCUCUUCCCAAGCCGAAGCCGAAGCCGCCAGCAGAGGCUCCAGCGCCGCCUGGUAAACCUAAGGAAAAGCCUCGUCCGUUACCGCGAGAGGAGCAGUUAUUACGCGAGAAAUGGGACCGCCUGUUGGACAUGGUGACUAGGGGUCGUCUCGACGCCCUGCAGGCUUUCUGGGAGCGCGAGGGCGCGGCCUUAGGUGGCAUCGACGCAUCCAUCCCAGAGUGGACCGGGCAGAAGUGCGGUACACUUCUACAGGUAGCCGCUCAGGCGGGCCAAGCGGACGUGGUCAGAUGGUUAUUGGAGGAGAUGCGUGCGGACCCUACGCUAGACGUUCCGACUAGUGCUACCGAGGACGAUGGGCACCGUUCCGAUGCUUCAGAUGCUCCCGCACUACCCGCAGGCUCUAGACGCACGGCAUAUGACCUCGCGCGGACGCGAGCAAUGCGCGACGUCUUCCGGCGCAGUGCGGCAACCCACCCAGACUGGUGGGACUGGCUCGGCGCGGAGAAUGGGGCACGUGUGCCGAGCGUGCUGAGUGCAGAGAUGGAGGAGGGUCGCGAGGAGAAGAAGAAGACGCGGCGGAAGGGACUGAAAGAUCGCGUGAAGGAACGGGAAGCGAGAGAGAAGGAGAGGGUGUCCCGUACGCCCAGUCCGGUUCCUGUGGAGGUGCCAGAGAUGAGGGCAAGGCCGAAGGCUACUGAGCCAGUGAGCGGGCCUCGGAGAUUGGGGGGCUCUGCAGGUGCUGGCGAGGGUAUUGCUGGCCUGACACCUGAAAUGCGGGCGAAGGUUGAACGGGAGCGUAGAGCGCGUGCUGCUGAAGCGCGACUGAAGGCGCUGAGUGGUGGUCGAUAACUUUCUAGAUCACAAUACUCGAAGUAGAACUGUAGCCAUGAUUCGGGCACGAUUGUACUCAAUACUACGUAUACGAGAUCGCCUAUAAGACCGACUGUAAGAUAAAUAGUGAGUAGUCGUAAUGGUUGCACUACGCUAGUCGAGUACUUAUGUACAGUGGAAAACGAGCGGAGGCGAUGUUCAUUG